AGUAGCUAACGGAAGUGAUGGUGCACUGUAGAGAGGGUAUGUGCAACAAAUGGAGCAACAGCAAGUACUGUAAAGUUUAACUCAGUUUAAUUCGAACAUUAGAGAAAUCAGACUGAUUCAACGCGCUUUUACAAGCGCUUUUGUCAAGAAAGUAACGCACAAGAGCUGGUCAGGACCAGACGCUCACCAUGUCUGAUGGGGACUACGAUUACCUCAUCAAAUUCCUGGCACUUGGGGACUCUGGUGUGGGGAAAACCAGUUUCCUAUACCAAUACACAGACGGAAAGUUCAAUUCCAAAUUCAUCACUACAGUGGGCAUUGAUUUCAGAGAAAAAAGAGUGAUGUACAAGUCUAGCGGUCCUGACGGCACGUCAGCUAGGGGACAGAGGAUCCAUGUGCAGCUGUGGGAUACGGCAGGGCAGGAGAGGUUUCGGAGUUUAACCACGGCUUUCUUCAGAGAUGCCAUGGGCUUCCUCCUCCUGUUUGACCUCACCAGCGAACAGAGUUUCCUAAAUGUCAGAAACUGGAUGAGCCAGCUGCAGAUGCAUGCAUACUGCGAGAGCCCAGACAUCGUCCUGUGUGGCAACAAGAGUGAUCUUGGAGAGCAGAGGGCUGUGAGGGAGGACGAGGCCCGCGAACUGGCAGAGAAGUAUGGGAUCCCGUACUUUGAGACCAGUGCAGCCAACGGACAGAAUGUCGGCCAGGCUGUAGACGUUCUGCUGGACCUGAUCAUGAAGAGAAUGGAGCGCUGUGUGGACAAGUCGUGGAUCCCUGACGGUACCGUGAGGACCAACGGAACCAGCAACCCAGACCUGGCAGAGAGCGCAGAGAAGGGCAAAUGUGCAUGUUAGGGUCUAGACUAAGGUCUAGACUAGGGUCUAUACACAUAUGAGGUCUUUGUCCAUAAGUUAUAAAAAGUAAGACUUUAAAAGGCAUGAUGUACUAAGAGAUGAUGUCAUACGAAUGUUGAUGGGCCACUGACCAUUCCCCGAACCACUGGUCACACCCCCUGAACCACUGCAUUAUCACUGUCGGUUCAGUCAGUUAUGUGCCUUUUGAAUGUUUUCAUUUGAAAUUGUUACUAUUCAUAUUAUUAUAAUGUGCAUUUUUAGAUUAUUAAACAUUUAGUGUACUUGCAAAUAAUUAUUUUCUUAGCUCCAGUAAGAAGCUACUCAAAUUUUUAUUUCUAUAAAACACUGGCCUGUUUGGGGAAAAAGCUACCACCAUUGCUAUAUUUUACUUGUCACAGUGCACUUCCUUUUAUUCUAGUUUAUACUGUGUGUGAAUGAGUUGGUGGAUUCACUGCAUGUAUGGCCUGCUCCACAGUAACAUCUAAUUAGCUGAGUAGUUUGGUCUCUUUCUUACUAUAUGUGUCAAAGUAUUGGAAUAUAGGGGUAUAUUAGAAUCUUUAAAAUUCCAGUCUGCUGGUUGAAGUUUGCUUUCUGUUAUAUCUGAUCAUACAAUGUGCCUCUAAUCUUCUGUAUUAACUCAUACACUGUAUACUUACCAAACACUCUUUAUGCCAAAUAUGCAAAUAAUAUUCAGAAAUUAAAUGUAUUUUUAUUUAUUAAAAGUAAGUUUUGCACAAAGCUUUCUAGUA